UUCAAUUUUACUUUCACAGUCCCUUUAUAUAUAGAAUACUCGAACGCCAUACUAUCGCUUUCAUUGGUGUGCUCCUAACCACGUCUCGGCUCGGAUUUCAACAGCGACGUUUUUUCGAUACAGCGUGAAAACGUCAAGCUUCUGCGUGAAAGCGAAAUGAUUAUAGUUCGCAUUGAAUGAAUCCGUCAGCCGGUCUGUAUUGUAAAUACUCGCUACCUCGAGGCUAAAAAACAGAAAUGCAGGAUAGUUUCGGGAUCGAGGAAAUAGGACUCGACCACCGAAGUAUGACGUGUGGAGUAAUGACGGGCCGAAAUGGGAUGAUAUCUGUGUGAGCGAGGGAGGGAGAUACAUCGGUAUUUGAAGUUUUUUAUGUUACACACCUUUUCUAUUUGAGCGUGUAAAGGUCGACGGCAGAAUCAUUUUCGCUCUGUGUGUUACUCUACAGUGGGAGGAGAGAAAGAUAGCGAUGGUUCAGUUAAAAGCAUUCUUGAACGGGAUGAGAUAAUCGAUCAGCUGACCUUCUUCCCAUUUCCAGUUAUUACUACUAACGUUGCCAAUAAGCUCUACUUGGCGAAGGAAGAUUAUAUGUGCUUCUAUUUACCUUCAUGACUCCUCAAUAAGAGAAAACAGGGGAUCACAGUUGUUUUAACAUAUAACCGCAUUUACUAGACUAUAGUAGGACAGAGACUGGAAGAAAAUGUCGCUUUACGUGGAAGGUCUGAGUAAGGAGUUACUAGGCGGCCACAGCGGAAUGGCUCAGUUUCAGAAAGUGAUGCGGCAGCAGCUGGAAACCUCCAUGAAUGCCGAGCUGGAACAACUCCUGAGUACAGCCAAUGGCGCAGACGCAGAGGUAUCUAAGAAGGACUUUGAGGGCUUUGUGAAGAUAUUCCACCGAUUUCUACAAGUGAAGGGACCUUCAGUGGAUUGGCCGAAAAUCAACAGGCCUCCAGAGGACUCGAUUCAGCCAUAUGAUAAGAUCAAGUCGAGGGGUGGUAUACCAGACAACAUAGCAGACAGUCUGAAUAAGCUGGUGGUGGUGAAACUCAAUGGAGGUCUGGGAACCAGCAUGGGCUGCAAGGGGCCCAAGAGCCUCAUUAGUGUUCGUAACGAAAACACUUUCCUGGAUCUGACCGUCCUGCAGAUUGAGCACUUGAAUAAAACUUACAACGCUGAUGUUCCGCUGGUGCUCAUGAACUCUUUCAACACGGAUGAAGAUACGAAGAAGAUCCUACAGAAAUACACGCAUCACAGAGUCAAGAUACACACUUUCAACCAGAGCAGGUAUCCACGUAUUAACAAGGAAUCCUUGCUGCCGGUUGCAAAGGAUAUGGGAAUGACUGGAGAGAAUGCGGAUGUGUGGUAUCCUCCCGGUCACGGCGAUAUUUACGCUAGCUUUUAUAACUCCGGUCUGCUUGAGCAGCUCAUCGCUGAAGGGAAGGAGUACAUUUUCGUCUCCAACAUCGAUAACCUGGGCGCCACCGUAGACCUGUUUAUACUGAACCAUCUGGUGAGCCAGCCAAAUGGCAAACGUUGCGAGUUUAUCAUGGAGGUCACGGACAAAACCAGAGCUGAUGUCAAGGGAGGUACACUUAUUCAGUAUGAUGGUAAGCUUCGGUUACUGGAGAUCGCCCAGGUGCCAAAAGCUCACGUAGAUGAAUUCAAAUCAGUCACCAAGUUUAAAAUCUUCAAUACCAACAACCUGUGGAUAUCACUGUCUGCCAUAAAGAGACUUCAGGAACAGAAUGACAUGGACCUGGAGAUCAUAGUCAACCCUAAGACCUUAGAUGGGGGAUUGAAUGUAAUUCAGCUGGAGACUGCAGUGGGAGCUGCCAUCAAGUGCUUUGAUAACGCCAUGGGCAUUAAUGUACCCCGCAGCCGCUUUCUGCCAGUCAAAACCUCCUCUGACCUCCUAUUGGUCAUGUCCAACCUGUACAGCCUGGAUGCAGGGUCACUGACCAUGAGCGAGAAGCGUGAAUUUCCCACCACUCCUCACGUCAAACUGGGCAGCUCUUUCACUAAGGUUCAGGAAUAUCUCACACGCUUCGAGAGCAUUCCAGACAUGCUGGAGCUGGAUCACUUGACUGUGUCUGGAGACGUGACCUUCGGAAAGCAGGUCUCUCUGAAGGGAACUGUUAUCAUCAUAGCUAACCACGGAGACAGAAUCGACAUUCCUGCUGGCUCUGUGUUGGAAAACAAAAUAGUGUCCGGAAAUCUUCGUAUCUUGGACCAUUAAAGCCUUUCUGCAAUGUGGCCUGGAUGCCAAUUCACAUAACCUACCCACCCUGCCUCUCUCAGAGUAUCCAUCAGUGGAGCUGAUCAGCUUCAGACAACUUCCAUCAUUCCAUAGAUUUAUUUUUGUAGACAUUUGAGUCUGUUGUGUCUGUGUAUUUAACAUUUGAGUGUUUCUGUCCUGUAGUGUCCCAGAGUUUUUCUGUAACAAAUAAUUCAUUUAAUGUAUGCAUUAGCUGAACAUUAGCACUAAUUUACAUCAUGUUUUAGGGUUUUUUUACUCUGAGAAUGCAGUAUUUGUCUUAUUGUAACUAUGUUAUCAUGAAUGAUCCCUUCAGGGUCAACGUCCUCUAUAAAAAUGUGAAGGAAAAGGGGGGUGAAGCAAUAAGCGCACUGCGACAGUGAAGGCCGACGGUUCCCUCUUUGUGUUCUAGAGCCUGUUCUAGAUCCUACCAGUUCUGUGGAACUAAAUAAAGUGCAAUAUGGAACAACA